UGUUCUAUCUUGUUUACUGAAGAGAGGUAUGGAAUCUUCAUAAAAAGAAACAUGCGCAUCGUUUCAAGUACCGGACAAGGCCUUCAACAUGAAGAGGUCGAUCUUCAGGAUGGUCUUUCUGGGAAUGAAGGAGUAGUAGGAACAGCAGAUGCAGAAGAUUUCGCUGGUGUAUCAGCCGCGCCGCCUGAUGUCGCAUUUGAUGUCGCUGACAUCUUCAAGUUAUGUUGUCAGCGGGAGUAAGAAUACCAAGUUGAAAUCCAAGUACAUAGCCUUGUAUCUUGAGGAAUGGUUGCGUGGUACGAAGUGAUCUUCGUACAACAAAUAGACCAUGCCGCAGUUCGGGAAUGUUGUUACAACUCUACAAAAAUGAAUUUUUAUACACCUUGACCUUCCUGGCCAUCGCUAUAAUGUAGUACUACUAUAAAAAUAUUAUGAUCAUCUAACCAAGGAUGUGGACCUUUCUGCUUUCCAGCGGGCACAAGCUUUACUGGAAAAACCGCUUUCACCGACAGUGGCAGAACGCGAAGCUACCAUGACGAUAGUAGAAGAUGGACGAGAGCAACAUCAAGAUCUUCAACUUCAAAAUGGUGGAGCACAAAAAGCGCCUAAGAACAAAAAGAACACGACAUCAGGUCGCGGCAAUAAUAAAUCCCAACCGUCUACUUCUGGUGCGAAAAAUCCAGGAGCCUCUAAUACGAAGAUCAUGGAUGACCAUGAGCUCCGAAGUGGAUUGGCCACGUCCUCUUCGAUUAUGACCACACUUCGUCAUUCGUCAUUCUUAUCUUCUAUCACAAAUUGAGAAAUAAAGGAGUCAAAGGUGAAGUGAAGUAGAUUCUUUUGAUUAUUCCCUCUCCUACCCUGAUAAAGUGUGUGAUUUUUUUUCUGCAGGGUUAGUUAAUUUUUUUUCUGCAGGGUUAGUUAGUCUUUGGCUAAUCUCAGUCUAGUCAACACUCGUCAUUAUAUUAUCUUGUACCACAGUUCAUUUUUUUUGAGUUUUCUCCUCUCUAAUUGCUAAGGAGCUGGAGAAGCAGCGCUAAAAGUUGACUAUGACGCUGAAGAGGAUGUGGCGCUACAACGCGAGUAUGAGCGACAAAGCGGUGCUGUCGUACCACCUGGAUGUAUGAGAACAGGAAAAGUAGACUCAGUGGAAGGAAUGUUGAAACUGCGUAGUGGUCAGCAUAUCAUCACGCUUGCGUAUCGUACGCGGUAGUGGUACUAGUAGUUGCCUUCACUAUGAGCUAUCAAGAAUGAAUCGAAGACUGCUCUCAUCAGCCUACUACGUAUUCAACAUCAGAAGAUACUCUAAUUUCUCCGAACUACAGGCAUCUGGAGAAAUGAUAGUGGAACAGUCAUUCUCGUUACGGGACAUAGUGAGCGAUCUCGACUCGUUUACCCAAGGUCUCAAGCAAAAGAAUCCCGCUUUUUUGAUUAUGGUGAUUCUUGAUUCUUAAUGUGGAUAAUGAGCAGCACCUCGCUGAAACUGUCUCUACAUAUUACGUACUGGCAUGGCCGUGUCACUACUGCUCUCACCAGUGAGUACCAUUACUGGCAUUGUCGUGCCAGUGGUCCUACCAGUCGUGAGUUUUUUUUUCUAGUAGUGUGAACAUGAUCUACAGGUAGAAUGCUACGAGGAAAUACGUGGCGAGUCUUCUACUUUUAGACAUGCUAUUUGAAACUCUAAAAAGAAGCCUGGUAUACCGAGACAAGGUGCGUCGUCCAAGGAAAAGGACUACAUUAAGGCUCAAGAUAGAAGACGAGUACGAGUAGCUUUCGUUUUUCAUUUGUUAGUGGGUAUUUGAUGGUUGAUUCUCGACUUCAUCAUCUAGCACAGAAUGGAGUAGCGGCUGCGUCUGCAGUAAACAACUCAAUUAUUUGGAGCGAGAAGCGAACAGCAAUAAAUUGUUGGUUGUUAUUGAUUCCUUUUUCAAUUCGUCAUGGUACUAGACGUAGAUGAUUUCCGAAGAAAGAGACUCAUUCUCAUGUGCAGUUGUACUAGGAUCAUUGUGCUGUGUAUUCAUGCCUCCUUCGAAUCAUUAUGAUCGUGCUCCUGCUAAUCACAGUGAAGAGGCCGUGAAGCAGAAGAUGGACCGAAUUCAAGAGCUGGAGACUGAGCUGCAGAAAGCGAAGAAAAAUUCAUCCCGUCACGCGAAGCGGCGGACAUCUUCCUCAGGAGGAGGCAUCGUGGUAAACAAUUCUCCAAUUAAGGCGAUUUGUUUUUCAUCAAGUAUCCCUUGUUCAUAGGCAUCUUGAUUAUCUUCCGCUUCCGGGGUGCGGGUGUGAAGACCAGGAUAUAUUUUUUUAAGUGCCCCUAUAUAUUAAGCUUCUAAGAAACUUGUUGGGGGUAAGAACUUAUAAGUGCGGAUAAUCAGGAUAAAUGCCACUACUUCUAAACCAAGCGCAGCCUCAUCUCGAGAACACGUCAGAGGUUCAGGAGGUAAGGGACAACAAGACGACAGUUUUUCAGUAGACGUGAAGAUGGAGGACGCUUUCGGAGAUGGGUACACUUGUUUGGACGAAGACGAUCAUGAUGAAGCUGUUGGAGCAAGUAGGAGCGCCACAUCUCCUUCAAAAGCAAAGGUUGAAAAAAACAAUAAGAAAGGGCCUGCAGGAGCUGGAGGAGUAAACAACAAGGGCAAUGGCAAGAAUCCACCUAGAAGAGGUCGUGCAGUGUCCUCGAAUAAUCCGGAGAAUGAAGCAAAGGUCAAUCGGCUCCAAGAAUUAACGAAGCAGCGCGUUCUUGAUUUACGAAGAAAGCAAAUGGAGGAAAAAAAAGCCGAAGAAAUACGGAAGGAGCAGGAACGAGAACGAAAAACAAGCAUACACUAUGGGAAGGUGGUAGAGGGGAUGAUCAUUCGUGAAUACCUACAGUUUUUUCCUUUACAGGAAAUGCUCCUGUAUUUCAAAUGCGCCAAAGACUUACGUCGAUCAUCAAAUGGGUUGCUUCGUCCACCUAAGUACUUAACAUCAAGGUGAUCAGGAAAGGGGAACCAAGGAUCAAGAAAAGUAGCGAAUUUGAAGAUAGCCGCUCUAAGAACAGGAGCCAGCUGUUAGCGUUCUGACAAGCCAGCAAGAGUCUCAGAACCGUGUGGCAGAACGAAAGCGUCAGCAGGCAAGAGAAGCACACGAGCGAAAGAAGAUGGAGUAUAUUAUCAUGCUUCUUCUCUUUUAAAGAAAAAGUUUGUCUUCUCCUUAUUUUGUCCUUUUAGUCUUCGUUUCUUCCGUCCUGAUUUUCUCCUAUCUAUCCUCUUCCUCUCUUCUAUGCCUUCGUAUCCUCUUCUGUCCCAAAAUAUCCUUCUAGGUCCGAAGCUUUAGAACGAGAACGUGACAUAUUGCGUGAGAAAGCUCGAGAGUUGCAGCAGCGGACGGAAGAGCGUUUACAAGCGCGUACUAGAGAAGAGAUAGAAAAACGACAACAAGACCACGCAGAUCGGGCCACUAAAGAACACGAAGAUUAUGAGAGGUUGCUUUAUGUUGAGUCCGUUGGGAAGAACAAGAUGAAGAUUGCGCGAGUGUGUUUUUUCGAAAAAAUAGGCCGUUUGCAUAAAAAUUUGCUGUUCUUCAGUUUUUAGGUCUUGAGGAUAGUCGACAUGGAAGUAGUGAUACUUCGAAGAUGAGCCGCGCGGUGUCUAGACAUCAUCUCUAAUCUCAAGUGUCUAGACAUCAUCUCUAAUCCCAAGCGUCUAGACAUCAUCUCUAAUCCGAAGUGUCUAGACAUCAUCUCUAAUCCAAAGUGAUCACGAAGGAGCUAAAGGGACAGCUACUUGCCGAAGCUCAGCGAUUGUUACGACUACUGAACUUCCAUGAUUCCAAACGGUAACAAUUUGUUGAGUAUUUCGUUUUCCACCGAUGAAGAUAUGAAUUGAACCCAUAUGCAGCAUACACUCGAGGCUACUUGUUCGACGAAGAGAUAUUGAACAUCAUGCCAAGAAAAAUCUAGUACUGUAGAAUUACAACAUCAUGGAACAUUAUCUAACUUCUUCUGGCUCUAAUGCUGGCUCGGGAACGAUGUCGGGAGAUUUUGACUGAAAACCGGGAUAAAGAAGCGCGCGAGCGAGAGGAGAAAGAACACGAGGAACAGCAACGACGGGAGAGGUUGCGCUUUGCUAGAGAAAAAUACUCGACAAGAUUAAGGCUUGUUGCAGCACACUUGGAUCAUCAUGCAAUUGUAAAGCACUAGAUAAAACAACCGGUUCGUUUUUACCUCUAGCGUGUAGCCCUUCCAACAAUAUAUGACACGCUGUAUCUUGCUCUUCGUCUUCUACUUUUUUCUUUUUCAAGACAUCUCCGGACCUUGUGAUGCGCAUCUGCACGACCGAUCUUCUACUAGUACACAGCUAGUAGAACGAAUCCAUGAAUCAAAUUCAAAAUCAAUGAUAGAACCAAGGUGACAGCUCUAAUCCAACCAAAAGGUGGCGCGGGCCAAGCUAGGACACCUUUGAUGGCGGCACAAGUGAGGCAAGACAAUCAAGGGGCGCACUCAUUUCCUGUGGCUUACAAAACUGGACUAGAUCAUGUGGAGUCACAAGUAGGACGGGGAAGGGGAACAACAGAUACUCGAUCAUCUUAUCACGGUGAUCAAGAUCACUCUACUUCGGAGAGCACCACUACAACAGGCUACACCAGUACACGAGGAGCAUCAAGACGGUCAUCCAAUGCAACAAGCACUUCUAGAAAUGGUAAUGGAGCAACUUCAAAAAAGAACUCGACAGUAGACCAAACGCCAGAAGAGGACGACUUUGUCUUUGACUUACAUGGAGGACCGCAAAUAGGAGUAGUAAUAAAGUCAGCAACUCCAUCACCGACGACUACAACAUCGACUGCACCUGCGGUUGGUGCUGCAAAACCUGGUCGCCCUCCUGGAGGUGGAGCUUUUCAGAAAACCUCUGCUACCUCUUCUACCUCCACAAAUCGAGGUGCCGCUCCCAGCUCUUCAUCGUCGUCGAGUACCUACAGUGGAGCUGCUAGGAAUAGACCUCCUUCAGCGUCCUCGAGUACCUACAGUGGAGCUGCUUCAGGGAAAAAGUUAGCGGCGAAUGGCUCAGGAGCAAGGAAGGAGAAAAUUGUUAAGGCAGAUUCUUGUACUUCAUUCCUGUCCAUGAAGACCUCUAGCUAGGUAAAUGAAUGAAUGAGUGCUGUGGGUCUACAUUUUUUUUUGUCUUUCAAGAAGGGUGAUGAAUGAAAGAUGAGAGGGUGAACUCUGUUUGUGAGAUGACGGCCAAGAUAUCUGUUUGUGCCACAAAGUUGUAGAGCGAGAGAAGAUGACCACUCAGAGAACUACGAGGGUGAACUCUUCGCCAAAAGAGACUGUUGAUGUUGAAAAUAUAGACCUCGCUGAACGUGUUCUAAGACUAGCGCUGGCGCAGCAGCGAAAAACGGGAUAGAGGUGCAUGAAAACUUCGAGCUUAUCGGUGGCGGAAAUUCCUUCCUCGACGAACAGGAUUUAGUUAUGAAACAUGGUCCUUAUCAUGGUGACCGUGAUAGUGAUACUAGGUAGAGUAUGGUCUAGGAGCGCAUAACUUGCCACGUUCUCAUGGUGAUAGGCGAAUCUAUCUCUAAUUCCCGCAGUCACCUAGAGAACGAGGUAGAAGAGCUCGAUGCCCAACUUCAGAGCCGAUUGAUGGUCCUGGAACCGGAACGCCAAAUAGGCGUUGUGAAUCGAUCAUCGGCUAGUGCUGGUGGUAUUAAGGCUCAAUUGCUCAGACUGAGACUUGCUGCGCCAAUGACAAGAGACUAUGUACUUAUGUUUCUGGUACGGAAGCGUCUGCCUCUGCUGCAUGGAUCACAAACAGAGAGUUCAAGAAUCAAUUAUUUGUGUCUUCCUCCCAACACACAAUGGGCAUGGAGUUAACGGGGGUUGUAAUACCAAGAACCCCAAGGGGAAGCUAGCCCUAGCGUCUACUUGCUCGAAUAAAAGUAGUGUUCCUUCGUCCUCUUCUAAUCCGAGUAGUGUCCCUUCGUCCUCUCGGAGAAAUAGCCGACCGACGUCUGCCUGCUCCUCCACAGUCUCCAACGCAUCGGCUCGAGGUCAAAACUUAGCGAAUGCCGGUCGACAAGUUUUAUUAAGGCGUUGGCGUUAUUUGUAUUCCUUAUACUAUCUAAAUCUAUAAAUACAUGUUGAUCUUCUACGAGGACGUCACUGGAAAGAACACUUUCUUCAUUUGGUUUAUUAGCUCCAACUCUUGCGUCUGGAACUACGAAGAUGGCAGAUCCUCCACGAAAGUCAUCCUCUAGCUCUUCUGCUCCUGCACCGCGCGGUCUGUCUCAACUUGAAGUUUUCGAUAUGAUGAUGGCGCAACAACAAGUAGAAGUUUCUAGAGGAGGCGGACAUAGAGUUGACGACCUCCACGAGGAAGAAGAUGAUGCCUUUAGUAAUACAGGAGGAGGAGCUGAGAACGAGGAUUUUCCAGAUAUCAGAGAACCACAAACUAUGGUAGAUGGCUACGGCGUUCAGCCACACACGGUUACCUCAAACGCGGCAGAUCGAGAUGAAACAGUGCCCUUCCCAAAAGCAUUAGCGGCGUUCAAAGCAAGACAAAGUUAAGAACCGUGGAUGAACAUGAAUGUGUCAGCAUUUCAACAUCCGUAGACGUAGUAUGUUGAUGAUUGGCAUGAUUUUUACCAUCAUUGCUGCAGAAUUAUCGGUUUAAACAACAUUGUAUAAGUAGCCCUUGUAAGCUAAAGUAUAAGAGUGCUAGUGUUAAUAUUGCUUCACCUCUAACAACCCAAUGGACCCGAUAACAGCAGUGGCGAUCACGUUUCAACAUCAGGGCCCCCUGCUACAGGUGCCAGUGUGACUUCGGCAAAAAGAAAGCCUUUGUGGAAGCAAAAACCCAUUCCGACGCCAUCGACUGACGAAAUCAUUCAAAACCUCAGGAAAGCUCGCGGAGGGCGCGACAAGUAGUUGUAGCGGAUCGGUCAACGUCUAAACUCAAAAAACCUCAUGUGCUGCAGUGCAGAGGCGGCAUUGAUGGGAACAUGUAGAACAAGGAAAUGCAGAUGCACAGAAAAGAGAACACUCGAUAGCGAAAAUAUAAGAAACUCGAUUAUAGUAGAGAAGCUCGCAAACACCUUUGAAAAUGCGAUCAUGUCUAGUCAAGUAUAGCAGAAGUCAAGAAGCAGAUCAAGUAUCAUCAAGAAUGCAGUCUUCGAUGAGGACACGGUUAACCCAACGUUGGAAUUACAUCUCAAGUCCGAAAAUUUUGCUGCCUGCUAGGAGUACAAACGGGGACACCCCGACAAUUUUUUCUUCAGUGAGUCAGAUUCAGUCUGUCCGAUUAUACCGAUUCAGGGAGAGGGAUCAUGUGUUGAACAAUAUACUUUACACGCUGUUCUUCUUCUCCUUACUAAAACAAAUUCGAGCAGUUAUUGUACAUCUUACUAGUUGGGUCUUCAUCAGACAGGAGAUGCUAUAGUCUUCUUCCGAACAGCCUGGUGACUGGUGUAGAAAUGAUGUUACUGCUGGUUGUGCACUUAAGAAAGCACUGGCGCUUUAUUUGGAGGAACAAGGAACUAUAAUUGCA